AUAAGACACAACGUUGUACACCAAUUGUCAAUAAUAAUAAUAAUAAUUUUAUUUUCAUAUAAACAUAAAUUUACAUGAAAAUGCAUGCCAUUUUUACAGGCACGAUCAAGUAUGUUAUUGCAGAAUGGACAAUUAAUUCAUGGUUGUUUUCUCAAACCCAGCUCCAUAUUUUGGUGGGAGUCAUCGAUACUGCAGUCAUCGUUCCAUCGUUCGCUGUUCGGUGGAAGAAAGAGAAAAAUUAGGAGAAGCAUUAUAGCGAAGAUAAUAUAUUUGUUGAGGUACUGCACUGAAGAUGAUGCAAGAGCUAUACAGUGCUAUAAGCUUAUGCCCCUAAACGAAGGAUAUGCUGAGGCGAAACGUAUCCUGCGUCAAAGGUUUGGAAGACCUUCGAUGAUUGUAAGGAAUGUGUUUGAAACCGUUAAAGGUAAUGGUAGUCAAUUGCAAGAUGACUCCAAGGCACUCUCUGAGUUUUUGGAUAAUCUGAUGACCUACAAGAAUACAUUGAUUUCGAUGAAUUGCAUGAGUGAUCUGAACUCAAGUUCAGUCCUGGAGAUAAUAGCGAGACGCCUACCUACUCGACUGCAAAGGAAGUGGGUGAAGAUAAGCUCUCGUAUAGAGGAUGAAGGUAUCGAGCCAAAGUUUGAUGAUAUUCUGUAACUGGUAAACGAUAGUGUCAAUGAAUCUAUGGGCAAGU